AAAAUGGAUCAAAUAUGACGCACCCCAGUUUUCAAACUAACGGAGCUAGUUUAGAAGAUUGCCACACAAAUUUCUUUGCUUUGACUGAGCUCUCUGGAAUAAAAUGGCGUAAACUGACCUGGUCGGAACCGGGAGGCGGCAGUCACGGUCCAGGUCAUGGGAUUCAUCAUGUUGUUCCUGGAGAACCUCUGGACGAUCCCGUUUUACGUAGCUACUCGCGAUGUUUGGCGGCAGAUAUUUUGUGCGUGUGGCGACGCGUUUCGGGUUGUUCUGGAUCAGCACGGCCGCCCCCUGACGCCUUUGAGCCGCCUCCUCCGCCGGCACAACCGCCGCCCUUGAGCCUGGCUAGUGCUAAAGAGCUGUGGAUUUUUUGGUACGGCGAGGAACCGGAUUUAAAUGAAUUGGUGGCACCAGAGUUGAAUAUGACUGAUUGUGAACAGGGCUCCUGGGAAAGUGGCCUAUCCUAUGAAUGUAGAUCUCUACUGUUCAAGGCAUUACAUAAUUUAAUUGAACGAAGUUUAUUGUCAAGGGACUUUGUUCGCUUGGGCAAAUGGUUUGUACAACCAUACGACUACCCGGCUCCUCGUUUCGAUCCUUCCGAUCCGGACAAUCCGAAUGGGAUCGGUCCAGAAGCAUAUGCCACUCCGCCCCAUAAUGCCAGUCAUCUGUCUUUUGCAUUUGCAUUCUUUGUGCAUGGAGAAAGUUCAGUAUGCGCAAGUAUAGAUGUGAGGCAGCAUCCUGCCGUGCGCAGGUUAACUAGGUGGCAUAUGCAAGAAGCGCAAGCCAGUACUGGAGGAAUCAAUGUUAUUUUGGCCCCUCACGGACUUGCAGGAACAUUGACGGGACAAAGUUUCAGGCCACCAGAGACAACCGCAAAAUUUAUAGACGACUGGGGUCAUUUUUAUCCACUUGACAAGAGUUCAUCGCUUACCGAUAGUAGCGUGGUGGAAGUGAUUGUUAAGGGUUCAAAAAUGAGAUAUCCAUCGUGCUAUGUCUUGGUGACCGACUUGGACGAUUAUACAAAUCCGAUGUUUAGUUCCUUCGGUUGCUGUCAUGUUAACUUAACUAGAGCGAAUGAAAGCAUACCCAAGUCGAACUGCAUUAACCCAAACGAAUCCAUCCCCAUUACUGUGGUGACGCCACCACCAUCUCCAAUUCAAAUAAACAGUCGAGUACCACAACCUGGAGCGCAUACCGUUUCAGUAGAAAAUAUUAAUAGUAUGUCAAGGGAUCAAACCGCCGCUCAAAUUCUUGCUGAACAAACGUGGCAGCAGUGCCUUUACAGUGGUGCUUUUCUCGAUAAAGCUAGCAAGGAAGAUGGUUGCUGGGAUUAUGUAGAGCCAACACGGAAAACGAUCUGUACCUGUUUAAAGCCUAGGAAAUAUGUCUCUUCAUCGAGCUCAAAAUGGCUGCAGUCCUCGUCUAGCUUGGGCUCCAGUCUCCAGUUGGGUACAUCACCGAGACCACAAAAACUAUCAAAAAAUCGUGUUCCUUUUCACAGGAGAUCGCCCACUCCUAAGCCGGAGCCCAGGCCAUCUCAGACAUCCCCAAUCAGGGGGACGUCUCAACCACCGCAAACCACAGACUCAAGAUCAUGCCUAGGUGGGUCAUAUACGCCGCAAGGAGGACCUCCAUCCUAUCCUCGAACUCAAGAAAGCAUGAUUGUGAAUUCUGUAGGAAGUCCUGCUUCAGUUGCUCCAUCACCGUUACAAGGUCCUCAUUCACAGCCAGCAUCGGUGCCACCAGCGGAUGCCACUAUGCCAACUCUUUCACCUAAUCCUCCCAUAUCAGAUCAAUCACCAUCUUUGGCUCGAGACAAGUCACAUACUCCUCCUGAUAGUGUGCGAUUGCCACCUAAAAGUGUGGACAGUCCAGUUAUUAGCCCUGUUGAAGGAAAAUGUGACUCGGAGAACAAAAUGGGAGAGCAAAGAGCAACCGAUGACGGUGAUAAGAGCAACAGUUUGUUAAACUUAAAGCGACCUUUGCUUUUUACUAAAGAGUAUGAAGUAGCGCUUGGUGAAGAGGAACAUACAUUAGAUAUGCUAUAUGACUAUUCAACCCAGGAGGCAUGGUUGAAUCUUCCAGUGAAACGAUUCAAGCCUGAUAGCAAAGACAGCAGAUUUGGAAAAAGAGUUGAUCUAUACACGUUGUACCAUCAUAAUGGAAUUAGUCAAUGUAGCGAUAUAAAUAACAUGAAUAAUACCAUUAAGAUGGAAAUUAAGCAAGAACCAGGAACGAUGUCCGAAAUGGAUUCAUCGAGAUCUAUGCAACAAUCGCACGGAAUUAAGCGUCCGGGUGAUCCCUACGAGUUUGAAGAAGAUGGAAGUAAUCCCAACUGUAAAAUUGACGGCUUUAUUCGAACUCCCCCUAUCAAAGAAGAACCCAAAGACAAGAAAGAUAUUUUGUUUACGAGUGAGGGAUUGCAACCUUCCUACAAAGAUUUGGAGCAGAUCUUUGAUAAUUCUGAUUAUACCAGUAGCGACGAGGCCUGCUUUCCGCAGAUACAAAUUCAGACGCCUCCCGGCUCAGCGGGUCCCACAACCAACCACCAUCUGCUGCAUCAUGAUGAUACCAUUCCGACUAAACGCCUCUCAGGUCAUGGUCAGACCAACUUAGGAGGUUGUCCUAAUGUUGGUAUGCCCCCUGAGCUUAGUAAAAUGUUUCCAACUCCACCCAGUUUGGAACACAAUCCAAUUGCUUCCCCGUGUGGCCAACUGGACUUGGGCCAGCAAGAUUAUCCUGAUAUAACAAUAGUGAGAGUAAAACAAGAAAAUAUUUAUCCUAUGAUGGGUAGUCCUCAAGAGGAGAAUAUAGAUGAUUGGAGUUAUGUUUUUAAACCUUCAUUGUGCUGUAAGAUGGUCGGAAGUAGUAAAUACGCACCUUUGAAUAAUCUUCCCAGUCAAGUACAACCACUUUCUGUUCCCGGCAAUUGUACAUACAAACCUUCAUGGGUACAACAUAUGGAAAAUAACAAACAGCACCAACAAAACUCGAACAAUAAUAACACAACUAGUAGUAAUAACAACAAUAAUACUUCGAAUAAUCUCAAUAGCAGGAAUCGAACACCUACGCCUUCAAUGGCCAAUAAUAUUCAUCCAAAUGCUGGAAUAUUUCCACCUAGUCCAUUACACCCACCUGGUUUCAGACCACCUCCACCACCUUAUGAGUUGCCGUCGCCAGCUAAUUCAACCACAUCUUCCUAUCUCAAUAAGAAUAUUAAUUCUGUGGAACCCGUACCGACACCUCAACCAAACCACCGUACACCAGAGGCCAGUUCAUUGGUACUUAAUAUUCUUCUGACAGACACCGCUUUCAAUAUCUUCAGGGAUCACAAUUUCGAUAGUUGUACGCUCUGCGUUUGUAAUGCAAGUCCUAAGGUCGUUGGAAAUAUUCGUGGAGCAGAUUCGGGCAUUUAUCUGCUCAAUUCACAUAGUGAUAAGCUCCAUGCAAGUGCACAACCCACUAGUCCGUAUCCAGGUUUAGGGCAACCGCCUCCCUAUGGAAGUAUGAUGUCUCCUCAACAUCACGGCGCUUCAGAGGAAGACCAGAUCCGAUGUAGUUGUGGUUUUUCAGCUGUUGUUAAUCGGCGACUUGCUUACGGAAGCGGUUUGUUUUACGAAGAUGAAAUGGAAAUAACAGGAAUAGCAGAAGACCCCGGCGAACGGAAGAAGUCCUCGUUGGCGUCUCUGCUAACUUCGCUGAACUGCUUGAAAUCGGAUGCAACAAUAGAUCGUGACCAAUUGGAAUCUAUACCACAUAACGUUGUCAAUUUAAUCUGUGACCAACUGGUGUUCAUACCAAGUACGGCGAAUGCUUUGUGUCGAGCUGCGCGCUAUGUUAAACAUUCGAAAGGAGCAGUGUACUCUAAUCCUCUUCAUUAUUUGGAAUACUCGGACAGUAACGAGGUUACCAGCAUAGCACUGGAACAGAGUAAAAACUUGCUAGAAAAUCUGGGCAUGUGCAAGAUGGAGAACGAUAAACAUUCAAAAUUGAACAACUCCUUCGGAGUACAUAAGUGGCCUUAUCUGAGAGCACCAGGGCCUCAGUGCAAUCAAGACAUUGUAAGGGUAAUGAAAUCGCUCCAGCCCUUGUUGCAAGAUGCUAUUCAAAAGAAAUGCCAAACAAGAUUGUGGGAAGCACCUUCGGCCGUUAAAGGUCCAUUGACAUGGCGACAAUUUCAUAGAUUAGCUGGAAGAGGUACGGAUGACCGUUGUGAACCUCAACCAAUUCCCUCAGUGAUAGUAGGGCAUGACAAAGAUUGGCUGUGUUUAUCUCCUUAUGCUCUGCAACAGUGGGAAAGCUUAAUGUUGGAGCCAUAUUCUUACUCCCGGGAUGUGGCUUACGUAGUCGUGGCCCCUGAUAACGAAGCUAUUUUGCCUCGAGUAAAGACUUUCUUUAAGGAAUUAUCAGCGUCAUACGAAAUCUGCAAGCUUGGCAGGCAUAGUCCCAUUACUAAAGUACUUAGGGACGGCAUUUUAAGAGUCGGUAAAACAGCAAAAAUGAAAAUUGGCAAUGAACCAGUUGAAGAAUGGUUCAAUUUGCUUGGGGAUGGUGAAGCCAGCGAAAUGCUUAAAUUGUAUGCCCAAGUAUGCAAACAUCAUCUGGCUCCACACCUGCAACAAGUUCCUAUGGAUAAAACUCUACUAGAUCCGCCUAGUGACAAUAUUUCGGAACGGCCAGCGCCUAGUCCGAUGCCUCCACCAAGCACUCCGGAUCCGAAUAAUAGUUCACAGUCAUUCUCGUCUCAGGAUAAGGCACCAUCUACACCUAAAAGCGACCAAGAUGGUGAUGGUUUAAAAGACAUACCCAGCUUCGGUAACAGUAUAUCCGAUAUGUUACAUGAUGAUGACGAGCGUGAAGCUCCCUCAGUUAUAGUUUAUCUAGUGGAACCUUUUUCUUUGAGCUCUACCCAUCCAGAUAUGCAGCGUCUUGCAGUUCUGGCACUUCUCAGAUGUUUUCAAAGCGUUCUUGCUGCAGUACCUGAAAAUAUUAGGAGUAAUAUCGGUGUACAGAUAAUUUCAUUAGAGAGCAUAGUGGAAUUAAAUAAAUCUAGGGAAAGGAUGCGACAUAGCGAUCAUAUGAGAGCAUUAGCGUUAAACAUCUUCUCGCAAUGCCGCCGACUACUGAUGCAUUCCAAUAAUGUUAAGUCUCUUACUGGAUUUGGUACUGCUGCCACAGCAGACUUAUUUUUGAAGAGUAAAGACGAGAAAAAUCGGGCUCCAUACAGACUUUUUACUCCCCCAUAUGUGCUGGCUCCCAUGAGGGAAAAAGUCGAGGCUUCAGAGGCAUUUGGAAAAGGCUCUCAAGAUCAGUCCUCAGUAUUGUAUAUUUCCUAUUGUCUGUCAGAGGAUCAAAGCUGGUUAUUGGCCGUUGGCACCGAUGAGCGGGGAGAAAUUUUCGAGAAUGUUACCAUUAAUAUUGAUAUUCCUAACCGAAGUAGACGGAAAAAAGCGUCUGCCCGACGGGUGGCUCUUGAAAAGUUAAUGACAUUUAUUCUGGGCAUUAUGUCCCAGAGUGUGAGACCAUGGCGAUUGGUUGUUAGCAGAUUAGGGAGAAUUGGACAUGGGGAAUUGAAAGGUUGGAGUUGGCUGUUGAGCAAACCAAAUCUCGUUAAAGCAUCUAGACAUUUAAAAGAAAUCUGCAAUCAAUGUUCGAUGCUAUAUCCCAGCGCGGUGCCUUGCAUAAUAUCGGCUUGUCUUGUCAGCAUCGAACCUGAUUCUUGCUUAAGAUUAAUGCCUGAUCAAUUUACACCUGAUGAACGGUUUAGUCAAGCUAGCGUUAAUUCGCAAUUGUCGACGCCGCAAGAUGUAUCCUGUACACAUAUUUUAGUGUUUCCUACCAGCGCUACUACACAGUCUUCACAGACUGCUUUCCAGGAGCAACAUAUUUCGGGCGACUUGGGCGAUGACGAGCUAUUUAAAGCAUUCGGCGAUGAUAUGGCAGUUGAAGUCGAUAACGAUAUCAGUGAGAUUUUUAAUGGCUGGGACCAAAUAGGUUACCAGUCACCCAACGGCAGUCCCAGAAGAGAAGAUGCUGGUGUCGGAAGUCCUAGUGGAGGAGUGGCUGGUGGAAUGGAAGGAAACUUGGGGGCACCCGGAGGAGCACCAAAAGGUCAAGAAUCAAAUGAGGAGGUUGGCGUUGUUUUACAACAACCACUUGCUCUUGGGUAUCUGGUCUCAACCGCUCCUACAGGACGGAUGCCUCGAUGGUUCUGGACUUCUUGUCCUCAUUUAGAGGGCGUUUGUCCAGUCUUCUUAAAAAAUGCUCUUCAUCUACACAGCCCCAAUAUACAACAGAACAGCGAUGACCUGUUUCAACAAGCGGCACAAGUAAGCAGCCAUCCACUGGACUCCCAGUAUACAACAGAUGUUCUUCGGUAUGUGCUCGAGGGCUAUAAUGCUCUUUCAUGGCUGUCCUUCGACUCCAACACAAAAGAUCGUCUCUCUUGUUUGCCCGUUCAUAUGCAGGUCCUAGUUCAACUGUAUCACACAGCUGCGGCUCUUUUGUAGAGCGCUGUGUAACUAGGCAGUCACAAUUAGACAAUUCUGUAUAAAUUACAACUAAUUCUUCCAAUUUUGAGUAUUUUAUGCUUAUCGGUCCAUAACAACUUUCAUUUGAAUCCGUUGUUGAAUUUCUCUCAAUUGUUUUUACAUUAUCCAGCCUGGUUGGUUAAUUGCAUGAAAUUCAGAAAACGCUUAAUUUCAGAUCUAAAUAUAUACUGAGAAGAUUUUCUUAAAUUACACGAAAUUUACUAAUAUUGCAGAAAUCGCCUAGAAUUGAAAGUUCUAUUUGGUUUGGCAGCCGAGAGGUUUCCUUGUAUUGUUCAAAAAACAAAUAUAAUAGAAUCAUUGCACAGCGUAAUGCGGUUGUAAUUAAUGUUUCAUUUUGUUAUUUUUUAAUCAAGUUUAAUUAUAGCAGAAAUUAAGCAAUUGAAUUGAACCAAUUUUAGUAUAAAAACUAUUACUGAAGGAGUUAACAUCGGUUGUAUGGUUUCUUUAUCUUUCUCUAGAUUUAUAUUACUUUAUUCAUACGUUAAAAUUCCUUAAACUGAUCUUAAGUAUUAAAUUCAUUUUUAAGUCGUUUUGUAUUGCAUUCAUAAAUCGCUUUAUUGAAUCGUU